AUGCUUUCUAGUGCAGUCGAAGAGCAUAUUUUGUGGUGGAGGGAUGAGAUAUCAAAGGUAGAAUUUACUGGAGCUCAUCCUAUCGUGCUUGCAGGAGUGCUGUUGCUUCUCUGGCGACUUUGGAGGUUCACCAUCAACCCCGCGCUUCACCCGAGCGAACCCAAAGAGGUUCCAUAUUGGAUUCCAUUUGUAGGCCAUGCAGUCUCAUACGUUCGAGAUUCUUUCAAGACAAUUACUUUUGGUCGCGAAUACUUUCGCAAUGACCGUAAGCCGUUUGCGCUCAAUUUGGCGGGGGAGAAGCUGUAUAUCAUCACAGGACCAGCAGAUGUCUCGGUCGCCUAUAAGAAUACUGCAACCUUGACAAUGGACAUCUUUCUGCAAGAGCUGAUGAAAGGGUUUGAAAUAUCUCCGGCUGCGAUUGGCAAGAUGUAUUGGCACCCAGGCUCAGAUGGCAGCGGCCAAACUCUACUCAGUCCAAAUCCUCAUAGAAAGUCGUUGGUUCAUUUGACCACGGAUCUUUACCGCCAACAGCUACACCCAGGAGAGAAAAUGGAAACUCUCGGCAAUCUCGUCUGCGAUCACAUCAGCAUGUAUCUUUCUUGGAACAACAUGACGGGUCCGGAAUAUGUCGUCGCCGAAGGCAAUGACUUUAAGGACAUCUCUUUGCUGCAUCUCUGCGAACAUGUUCUCCUUAAUGCAGCCACCCGUUCCUUCUUUGGUGACAAACUAUUGGAAAUCGAUCCGGAUAUGUUAAAGUCCUUUCUGCAAUAUGACGGCUUGAGCUGGAAGCUCAUGUAUCGGCUGCCAACCUUCUUGGCCAAGGAUAUGCACGGCGCCAAGCACCGGCUCAUUCGUGCUCUGGAGAUUUACUUUAGUCUACCAAAGGACGAAAGACCCGGCGCCAAUUGGUUUAUGCAAACCCAGGAAAUGGAGCAGCGUGCAUUGGGAGUCGAGGUCAAAGACAUGGCGAAAUUAGUAGCCAUGAUAUACUGGGUUAUCAAUACCAAUGCUUACAAGCUAUGCUUCUGGAUGUUAUCAUACCUUUAUCAUCACCCUUCUUCGCCCAGCAUCAGAGGUCCCAUAGAGGCAGAACUCCGUGCUUCUUUUGACUCACAAGGCUCCCUCGAUCUUGCCUAUUUGCAGAACAAGACGCCGUACUUGAACGCACUCUACCUUGAGAGCUUGCGACUCACAAACUCAUCUGCUUCUGCACGCUUCAUCAAAGAAGACACGCAGGUUGGCGGUUUCACUCUGCGGGCUGGUAACAAGCUUUUGAUCCCAUACCGGCAAUUGCAUCUCAACGCCGGCAUUUUUGGAGAAGAUGCGAAUGAAUUCGAUCUCAAUCGGUUCCUCAAGAACCCGAAACUCUCACAUAAUCCGAGUUUCCGGCCUUACGGUGGUGGACAAACCAUGUGCCCCGGGCGCUUUAUGGCCAAACAAGAGGUCUUUGCUAUGAUGGCAAUGUUGGCAAAUCGAUAUGAUAUCGAGGUGAAGUCUGCAAGUCCUAGCCAGAAAUUUCCCCGACUGGAUGAGCUGAAACCCGGUAUCGGCAUCAUGGGGCCCGUCGAGGGUGAAGAUUUAAUUUUGAGGCUGAGAAGGCGUACAUGA